CCCGAUGGAGUUCCCGGAGCACUCCCGGCAGCUGCUGCGGGGGCUGCGGGAGCAGCGCUCGCGGGGGAUCCUGUGCGACUGCACGGUGCUGGUGGGCAGCGCGCCCUUCCCCGCGCACCGCGCCGUGCUGGCCGCCUGCAGCUCCUUCUUCCACCUGUGCUACGCCGAGCCCGGGGCCGCGGGGGCCGCGCGGGGCGGGGGGGCCGUGGUGGCCCUCAACAGCGACAUCGUGACGGCGCCCGCCUUCGCGCUGCUGCUCGAGUUCAUGUACGAGGGCCGGCUGGCGCUGGCCGCGCCGCUCGAGGACGUGCUGGCGGCCGCCAGCUACCUGCACAUGAACGACGUGGUCAAGCUGUGCAAGAAGCUGCAGGCGCGGGGGCCCGCCGAGGCCGACAGCACCAAGCGCGAGGAGGAGGAGGAGGACGAGGAGGAGCCCCCGGGACGCCCCCCGCCGCCGGCACCGCCGCUGCAGCCCCCCCCCGGCGCAGCCCCCGGACCCCGCCGGCGACCCGCGGAGCCGCCGCUCGUGGACGCGGCCGACACGACCCAGCCCGGCGUGGGGGCGAGUGGCCUGCAGGGCCCCCGAGCGGCCGCCCCGCCCAGCCCCAGCAGCUCCAGCGAGGCUCCCCAGCGGCGCCGCCCGGGACCCCGCGCCGCCGUCAAGGCCGAGGCCAUCGUGAUCUCGGACGAGGAGCCCGACGGCGCCCGACGCCCCCCGGGACCCCCCCCGGCCCCGGUUCCGGCCCGGCCCGGGGGCUUCGGGGAGGGGGCGGCGCUGGGGGCGGCGCUGGGGGCGGCGCUGCGGGAGCCCCCCCUGUUCCUGGCGCCGCUGGAGCCCCGGGGGGGCUUCGGGCUGUUCGCCGAGGAGGCCCCCACGUGCCCCACGUGCGGGAAGACGUUCUCGUGCUCCUACACCCUGCGCCGGCACGCCACCGUGCACACCCGCGAGCGGCCCUACGAGUGCCGCCACUGCCUGCGCUCCUACACCCAGUCCGGGGACCUGUACCGGCACGUGCGCAAGGCCCACAGCCACGGCGCGGCCCCGCGGGGGCACCGCGACCACCGGGACCCUGCGCGGGACGGCGACAACCCGCCCUGAGCGGGACCCCCGAGGGGACACCGGGACCCCCUGCAGGGAUUGGGGACAACCCGCCCUGAGCGGGACCCCCGCCAGGGGACACCGGGACCCCCCUGCAGGGAUUGGGGACAACCCGCCCUGAGCGGGACCAGCAGGACCCCCCGAGGGGACACCGGGACCCCCCUGCAGGGAUUGGGGACAACCUGCCCUGAGCGGGACCAGCGGGACCCCCCCGAGGGGACACCGGGACCCCCCCACAGGGAUUGGGGACAACCCGCCCUGAGCGGGACCCCCGAGGGGACACCGGGACCCCCCCGUGAGGGACGGCGACAACCCGCCCUGAGCAGGACCCCCGCCAGGGGACACCGGGACCCUCCACAGGGAUUGGGGACAGCCCACCCUGAGCGGGACCGGGACGGGACCACCGGGAUGGGAUGAACUGAACAAACGAGGACCACCAGAACUGGGACCCACCAGGACCCCCAGGAUGGGACAGCGACCACCCACCCUGAGCCAGGACCACCGGGACCCCCCAGGAGCUGGGGCAGGCCGGCAACGACCUGCGCAGACCGGGACCCCCAGGACUCAGCUGGGGCUGGGACCCCUAGGAUGGGACCCUGGGACCCCCAGGACUCAGCUCAGGCUGGGACCCCAAGGAUGGGACCCUGGGACCCCCAGGACUCAGCUGGGGCUGGGACCCCCAGGAUGGGACCCCGACCCCCAGGAUGGGUCUCUGGGACCCCCAGGACUCAGCUGGGGCUGGCACAGCCCCCCCUGUGAUUCC